AUGCUACUAGAUACUUCCAACUUCCAUUUCUUCCCACUCCUUCCCCCUGAGAUCCGUCUUCGAAUCUGGUCCUUUGUCCUCUCAACUCCUCGCAUCAUCCCCAUUGAACGAGGCAUCCAUCCGACUUCCCGCCGCUACGCCCAAGCCUUCACCUCGCCCGUCCCCAAUCCGGUGCUCUUGCGAGUCAACCAUGAAGCCCGCAGCGAAGCCCUCCGCGCCUAUAGGCCCCAUUUCCGUACUGAUCACGCACCUACUUGCAUCUAUAUCGCCUUCGACCAGGACGUGAUUCAGCUGCCUGAGGAUGUCCUUCCAUACCUUGGUUCGGAUGAGCUGGACCACGUACAAUCCCUGAUUGUCGAGGUCAUGGAUACGUCUUAUUUUGGGCAUUUUUACUUGCCCCUUCUGCGGGGUAUGACGAGACUCCAGCGGUUAGAUUUGGUGGUCGCGGAGACAGGGAGACAUGGACACAGUUGGCAGCCGGAUCGUUAUAUGGCAUUGAGAGAGGAUUUCCACGAGGCCAUGGCAGCGUAUCCGGAAUGGAAAUGUCCGAAUGUGCGGAUUGUGGCGCGCCAUACUGGGGAGGAAAUGGGGGUGAUUUGUGCAGAGGAUUGGAACUAG